AUGCCCGGAGCCGCCGCCGCUGCCGCCGCGAUGCUACCGGCUCAGGAGGCUGCCAAGCUGUACCACACCAACUAUGUGCGGAACUCGCGGGCCAUCGGCGUGCUGUGGGCCAUCUUCACCAUCUGCUUUGCCAUCGUCAACGUGGUGUGCUUCAUCCAGCCCUACUGGAUAGGCGACGGCGUGGACACCCCGCAAGCCGGCUAUUUCGGGCUCUUCCACUACUGCAUCGGCAACGGCUUCUCCCGGGAGCUGACCUGCAGGGGCAGCUUCACGGACUUCUCCACGCUGCCCUCGGGCGCCUUCAAAGCCGCCUCCUUCUUUAUCGGCCUCUCCAUGAUGCUCAUCAUUGCCUGCAUCGUUUGCUUUACCCUCUUCUUCUUCUGCAACACGGCCACUGUGUACAAGAUAUGUGCCUGGCUGCAGCUCACCUCCGCUGCCUGCCUUGUGCUUGGCUGUAUGAUCUUCCCUGAUGGCUGGGACUCAGAUGAAGUAAAACGGAUGUGUGGAGAAAAGACAGACAAGUACACUCUUGGGGCCUGCUCAGUCCGCUGGGCAUACAUCCUGGCUAUUAUUGGAAUUUUGGAUGCCCUGAUCCUCUCGUUUCUAGCAUUUGUGCUUGGUAAUCGACAAGACAGCUUGAUGGCAGAGGAACUGAAGGCAGAAAAUAAAGGUCCUGCUCUCUUUCUGCUCAAGCCUAAUAGCCUUUGUGUGAGCUGUCCUGCAGCCAUGCAGCCCCCAGGGUGUGCUCCGACAAUGGGCUCCCACGGCCUCCUCCACCAGCCCUACAAGGACACUGGAUCCUACACAGCAGUCACAGCAGUGCCCUUUCUUAUCCUGAUGCCACCCCAGCUCAGUCCUCACCAGGAAAGGGCAGGCUGCACUAGACUGUACUGCUGCCCUGCAAAGUGA